UUGGUAGCGAAGAUUUUGAAAGUCAACUUUUAAAACUGGCUGAUCACUAGUAUAUUUUUACUACCUCGCUAAAGAAGCAUUCACUUUUAAAAAUUCUUCAGUGAUGGGUUGAUUAGAUGAGCUAGAGCGCAAGGUUGUGAAUUUACAUCGCCAACACUUUGACCUAUUGUGUACCCCGGACUGUUUACCAGCGACUUUGUAUAGUGGAGCUGCCUGUCUGGGGGCUAUGCGGUUUACCUCUUCUGGAUUUAAACAGCUUGAAUACAACAUAACAGAAGAUAAAUGAUAUUUAAUACCUUCAGAGUAGUGAUGAACAAACAUUGAAAAUGCCAGAUACUGUUGAAGAAAAUCUUCGUAAAGUUUUAAAAGGACUGCCAUUAGAGGGCGAAGAAGCAGAAUUAUGUGAUUUUACUUUAGAAGAACAGAAUGAGGCUUUGGAAUCACAGGGUAUUCAGCCUAGUGUUGAUCCUAAAUAUAAACCUGUCAUUUUUGAAACAGUGAUGUAUAUAGUUGCCUGUGUUAUUUUAAAUGAAUACAAUGAAGUUUUGAUGAUUCAGGAAGCUAAGAAGUCUUGUGCAGGAAAAUGGUACUUACCAGCUGGUCAUAUGGAAAAAAAUGAAAACAUCAUAACGGCAUGUAAAAGAGAGGUUUUAGAGGAGACGGGAUUACAAAUAGAAUGCACAACAUUAUUAGUUGUUGAAACUGCAAGAGGUAAUUGGAUGAGGUUUGUUUUAACAGGAAAUGUUAUAGGGGGCAGUCUAAAGACUCCUUCGGAAGCAGAUAAAGAAUCUUUGCAAGCUAAAUGGGUAAAAAAUUUGGAAGAAGUAGAGUUACGAGCCAAUGAUAUUAUUCACUUGAUUGAUAGGGCUAGAAUGUAUAAAGAAGCUCGAAGAGUCAAUGAAUCCGGAUGGUUCAGAGAUCAAUUGCCAGCUCUUAGACCCUAUUCAAAGCAACUAUUGCGAUUGGUGAUUGUAAUUAAAAAGAAAGCUAAUAAUAAUGUACAUAUUUUAUUGAGCGAAAAAACGGCUUGGCAUUUACCGACUUGUGAAAUUCAUCCUACUAGAAGUAUACAUUCCACUCUCAGAAGAUUUAUGAUUGAACUUUGCGGAGCAGAAGUACCAGCACAUAGACCUUGUGGAUUACUAUCGGUAGAGCAUGACGCCUCUACAAAUCAAGAUGGUUUGUGUUUGACACUACUUGUAGCUUUUCGAGCACCAUUAGAAGAAGUACCUAUCAUAGGCAAGUGCGUUUGGCAUGAAUUAUCGAAGAAGUUGAGCGAGAAACUUCUACAAAAAGUUGCCUCAAAAAAUGCAACUUUUUUUCUAAACGUUAUUAAAUAAACUGAAAUCACAUAUUUGAUAAUAUUGUAACGGGCCGUUUCAUCACAAUUUUUUUACAAGAAAUAUGUCAAAAUAUCUGUGUUCAAAUAUAAAUAAUAGAAAAAUAUUGGGUAGAUAAUAUUUAUUGUAAAAAAUUACAGAAAAUGAAAUUAAUAAGUUUCAAUUCGACACUAUAAGAUUUAUAAAUACCAUAAAUUAGAAAUAUUUUUAGAACUAUCACAAUUACAAAAAACAUUUUGCUAGUCUAUAUGUUUAGAUUGUUUAUCGAUUUAUGUACUAAAAUAUAAAGUACAACGUUGAGUAUACAUCAUGUUCAACAAAAAGAGCUGAUAAAGCUAUCUUACUGACUGGAGAUGGAGGGUCUUUGAUCACGUGCUAGACAUUGCAUAGAUCUGUAUUUAGGCCGCUUGACAUGAUGCAAGACAACGUGCAACAAAUUGCAUGCAAGAUCAAAAUAUUGCACAUAGCUUGACAUAAUUCAAGUCUCUUGCCUUUGUAUUAUGACUGCCAUUAAGAAAAAUUAUAUUUGUAAAAGUAUACAAAUUCCUAACCUCAUAUUUGGUGACCGGUUUGUAAAUGAGAAUAACAAAAUUAAGUAUUUAUAGAAGUGAAAACGUGGUCAGUGAAUCACUGUCAAUAAUUAUAUCUGCUGCUGAGUUGUUUUUGGAGCCUGAUAAGACAGGUUGAUUGUUGAGCCAAAAUUAACAAAAUUUCUCCCUAAAAUAGCAACUUGCACGCAAUAAAAAUGGCAGUUUUUGAUCAGCAUUAAGAAAUCGCGGUACCCUCCUUGCAGAUAGCUUCUCCAUAUGGAACCCACCCAGCAAAAUGUCGCAUACCUGAUAGAUUGAAAUAUUUAUUUCAUUAGCUAUCUCACGUAUAUUUUUUCGACGAUCACUAAGUAAACUGCGCGAACCAUUCUUGCAAUAAAAACAGUAAAUAACGGUCCGGACGUUUAGAAUCAUCCAAGUUCAUAGGAUCACUUUUAAAAGACGAAAACUGCUUAUAAAACAAUUUACUGGGAUUUUCAGGAUACUAUUUAUCUAACUGUUCCUCCGUUUCUUCAUUUGUUUUUCCACGUGAUUUAUGUUUGAUUAUUUUCCCUCCAUAUUUACUCAACUACGAAAACAGUCUUCUUUAUAUGAGAAGUAAAACUAAUCUGAUUUAUAUAAAAUUUUGACAUGUGAGAUUAGACACAUGGCUGAAACUAACAAUUCAAUCACCGCAAUCAAAGUAUUGUUAACCUCUGAAAAGUCACUAGUCUCUCAAACCGCUUUUAUAUAAAUAAAAUUCACACUAACUAUUGAAUUAACUGGUUGUGGUAUAUACUCCACUUUUUUAUAGUUUAUUAAUUUUUUCUGUAUAUUCCAUAUUUUAUUUUUGUUAUCAUUAUUUAUUCAAAAUAUAAACAUUUUUUACUUA